GCUUCAUAUUACAGUACAUAAACCAUUCUUUAGUGUUAUACCUCUGUAUGCAAGUAUAGCAUCCUGUGCUUGUUUAUCAUCAACUGUUGUUCUCAUUGAAUUUUAAUGUUCAUUUGCGGCAUUAAUGUCAAACGCAUGAGCAUUAAUGUUUCUGUGUGUUUGUGUUUGUGCAUUUGGCUGUGGUGACAAGCAGGCAUCUGUUAUAUAACCUGUAAAGACAGCUCAUUGAGAGGCCCGACAUGCCAACAUGGCAAUAAGAGAAGUUUUAAUUUAUCAAGAGCCUGGACAGGUUGAUGAGGGUUCCCCCUUAGGUAUCAAAAAGCAGGAUAUAGUUAGCUAUCCAAGAACAGUUAUGAAACUCUCCAACCACAUUAUGAAAUCCUCUUUUAGCUAAAUCUACUAUGAGCCAAUGAUAGUAGAGUGUGAACUGUACAAAGACAAAAAUUGAAAUGUAUGUUCUGUCAGUAAUUUUUUAGCGAGAAGCUGAGGUUCUUCUCGAGCAAAUAAUAUUGUGCAAAUUUACGUUCAAUACGAUAUCGUUCAAUGUUGCUAUAGUUACUACCUUCGUCAGCGUCCAUUUAGCGCGCUCUAACAGCUUUGGAACGUUUUUGGCAACUGAAAUGUUGUUUACAACGUUUUAUAUUUCAUCUGGCUUCAGACUUUAUGGAAUAUAUGGUAUCAGACAUUAUGUUAAAGAGAGAGAGGAACCAAUGAGGCGCUGUCCAAUCAAGCCAAGAGUCGUAUCUGUCAAAUAACGGGCGUAGUAGCGUCACAGCUUUUGGGAGGGACCACGUGUCCUGCAAAAAAUAGCCGGUCACGGUUCCCCUCAUGAGGCAGCGCUCAACCAGAACUGACCGGUAAGAUAGCAGACUACCGACGGACUCACAAGUAACAGCUGGCAACCGGGACUGUCCUUCUCGUCGACAACAUGGUGAAAAAGGCUAAAAGUCCCGUCACUUACGCAAAAAUGAAAGGGAUCGUUUCAUAUUUUACAGCUUUAAUUAAGGACAAGAAGCUUCGAUCCAGCCACCCUAUCUAUCGACAGAUGGAUUUCUUGCGACCUGAAGGUAGUCUUUCUGAGGAGGAAGGAGCCGCAGCUGUUUGUUACAGUAAUCCACAAACGGAGGAGUCACAGUCUGGGGUAUCAGCGGCUGAUUUUGACUACUUGAAGGUGAUCGGGACAGGAAGCUUUGGCAAGGUGUUCUUGGCCACACACAGGGAAAAUGGCAAAUAUUAUGCCGUCAAAGUUCUACAGAAACAUAUAAUCUUGACAAGGAAGGAGGAAAGAAAUGUCAUGUGUGAGCACAGAGUGUUGUUGAAGACUCUCAAUCAUCCAUUCCUGGUGAAGCUCCACUUCAGUUUUCAGACUAAGGACAGACUCUAUCUAGUGCUGGACUAUGCAUGUGGAGGAGAGCUCUUUUACCAUUUGCAGAGAGAGGGGGUGUUUGCAGAACCCAGAGCCAGAUUUUAUGCUGCUGAGAUGGCCUGUGCUUUAGGAUACUUACACUCCCUGAAGAUUGUCUAUAGGGACCUGAAACCAGAAAACAUUCUGCUGGACUCUGCAGGUCAUGUGGUUCUGACUGACUUCGGCUUGUGUAAGGAAAGAAUGAGCGGACGUGACACCACCAGAACCUUUUGUGGAACGCCGGAGUACUUAGCACCUGAAGUUCUCCUGCAGAAGGAGUACGACAGGACUGUGGACUGGUGGGGUUUGGGAGCUGUUCUUCAUGAAAUGCUCUAUGGCCUGCCACCUUUCUACAACGCAGAUCGGCUUGAGAUGCUCAGAAAUAUUAUUUAUCAGCCAUUGGCAUUAAAAGCCGGAGCGUCUAGUGCCGCCAGAGAUCUGCUGAAGAGACUGCUAAACAGGGACAGGGCCAAGAGACUAGGAGCAAAACGUGACCUGGCCGAGUUGCAGUCUCAUCCAUUCUUCUCGUCUAUUCAUUGGGAUGAACUUGUUGCAAAGAAAAUUCCUCCUCCUUACGUUCCCUUAAUGUCUGGCCCUGGUGACCUCACAAACAUUGACCCUCGGUUUACAGAACUUCCUGUUCCACAGUCGCUAGGAGCGUGUGAAGAGUACGGAGCAACCUUUCCUGGCUUCACCUACACCAAUGAAAACAUUCUCUCACUGACUCGUGGACAUUAAGACUGACCAAUAGACAUUUUGUCUGAACAUGUUUCUAACUUAAGCAAACACCAUAGCACAGUUCAUUUUUUAUGUUAGCUGGACCAAUGCUUUUGCACAUGACUACAAAGUUUCUAUCAAAGUGACUGUGUUUUUUAACAUUCAUAUGUUAUUUAAUUCCUUUUUUAGACCUAUUUGAUAAAAAAUAAUAUUUAUACUGAAAUACAAUGGUUAGUUGUGUUCUGACAAUGCUGUGAUGAGAUGAAGUGAGACUACAGGUUGCAUCAGAUGUUGGAUUGUAGAAGUUGUGAGAUGGAAUAAACAUUAAAUCUUAA